UGUGUGACCACGGUAGUUCCAUUAACGCAUUCACAGUCGAGUGCCGCACGGGACACAGGAGUAUCCAAAAAGUUUUUCAUAAGGAAGCGCGCGCUUUGUAAAAUAUCCUUCGACGCAGUUCGGGUGCUUUCAUGUCAAUAGUUGUGUAAAUCGUGAAAAUGAGGUGGGCUGCUUUGGUGGUAUUCUUCAGUUUAUUAUCUACCGUGUUGACAGCGGAAAUAGACGAUGGUGAGCCUUUCCUGCAGGUCAUGGCAAGAUCAUCAGUUUACAAUGUCGGCGAGAAGAAAGCAAUUUACUGCAAAGGACUGAAUUUGCCUGAGAAAAUCGUAUGGUACUCGCCUUCCGGCAACAUUGUUGAAGGGCGCUCUGUUAAGAACACCAGGGUCUAUGUAGAACGACCUAAAAAUGAAACACUCGUAAGUAGCCUGGUGCCACUCAUCAUCCAUAGCACCAAAAUAGAAGAUAGUGGCAACUGGACCUGUAAAGCUGGAUCUCUUAGUGAAAAACUGGAAAUACUUGUAGGUGAAAAAGUUAAUCUAAAUGUCAAGGAAGAUAGUUUCAUAGGAGAGGAAAUGAAAUCAGCAAAAAUGGAUUGCAUAGCUAAAGGUUACCCAAAACCAGUGGUGCAAUGGUACAAGGAUUUAGUGCCUAUCGUCGAUGAUCAUAAGAAAUAUAUCGUAAGGAAAAGGGAAGACAACCAUCAAUUGGAAAUUAGGAACUUGACACAUCAAGACACCGGCGAAUACACGUGCAAAGUGACGCAAAAAGCGCUGUCCUAUUACACCUACAAACGUGUUUUUCUGACAGUUCAACAUAAGCCUGUUAUUGUCAACCAUGAUACUAAUGAGGUCUACUACACCAAGUACAGCAGUGAAGAGGUCUACGCUAUUGUGAACAAAACAAAAAACAUUACGUGCAGUGCUAUUGCGAGCCCACCUCCAACUUUCCGUUGGAACAGGCGUCAAAAUGGUUUCGAUGGGGACGCGAUUGAAGAUGAAGAAACGGUCUUAAACUCUGCCGAUGGUACUACUUCGGUCUUACAGCUGAGGGUUUACAAUGAAACUUACCUGGGCGAAUAUAAGUGUUCUGUUUCUAAUGAUAUGGGUCACGUCUCCAUUGUUUUUGACGUCCAAUUGGGAAAUAAACCAAACCCACCAGACUCCGUGAACUUCAUGUACGCUACGGCUUCUGAAAUGACCUUCAACGUCACUUGUUCAACGUGCAAUAUGGCGAUUGAAGAAGAAGACAAGUCUCCGGAUCCCAAAAAUCUUACAGUUAUCGGUUAUUCAUUCCAGCUCGUUCCAUUCCAAGAAAAUUAUCCCGCGGAUUGGGAUGCAGCCACGGAAUUCAAAGUUGAUAUUGUAUGGCCUAACGAAACGUUGUUCACUGUGGGUCCGCUGGCCAACAAGACAACUUACCACGUGCGUGUGAGCUCGCGCAACGCAGCCGGCACGUCAGAGUGGGUGGAAGUGUCACCGAACCCCUCAACGAGCUUCGCUGUCAAACUUGUCGUGUCCAUCGUCCUCCUGUUCGGCGCCUCGGUGUUCACGCGUUGUUAUUAAUUUUAUUAUAAAGGAUCGAGCUUAUUUCUUAGAGCGAUUUGAAUUGCGGUGUUUUAGUUUUACUGUAAAUAAUUCAGUUUAAUGAUUAUAUACAAUGUAAUGUUCGUUGAAUUUUCUCAAGUCUCGAGCGGCUAUUCGAUGUCAACCGCCAAUAAUUGCUUUCAAGAAUAGAUUAUUGCUAAUUAUUUAUUUUGUUAACAUUUUUUUGAGUCAUAUUAUUUUUACGACAUCGCAAAAAUAUUUGAUGCAUUGGAAUUAAAGAGGUAAACCAAUAUUUGAUGACGUCAUUCGCACCUCAGAAAAAAAAUCCUAAAAAUAUAGUUUAUUAUUAUUAAGUCACAUUUUUAGCUGUUAACCCAUUUGAAUAAUCGAAAAACAUUCCAAGCAAACCGUAGAUAGAAAAAAUAAUUAUUAAAUUGUGUGUAUAAAUUCAUAAAAGUGUUCACUUUAUUAAUAUCACAAUGUUAUAAUUUAAGAUUUAAUUAUUAUUACAACAAAAACGUCAUAUAUGACAGAGAGGAAGAAAACUGUAGCUAUAAUUUCAUUUUUAAUAACACAUAUAAUAUUAAUGACCAAAACAUAACUUAUGUGAAUAACAGCUUAAUAUAUUGCAAAGCGCAUGUUUUAUGUAUGUAUGUUAUUUGGUGUGUAUACAUUAAACAUAAUGUUCAUUGUUUUAUAUGUGUGCGUACUAUGUCUUAAAUAUUUUUUAGGUAAAUAACUAUUGGAAAUAUUUAAAAACAUAGAAUAAGUAUACAAUUAUGAAUCAAAUCAUGAUUAAGUGGUCUAAAUUGUUAUUAAGCUGUUUCUAAAAUAGCUUCAAGCAUCAAUGUACUGCUUUAAAACAAGACGAUAUUUUUUAAAUAAAUACAUCUUAAACAUACUCAAUUUAAAGCGAACUGUUCAUCUAAUAGAACAUUGAUUUUAAAUUUUUAAAAAACAUUAUAAAUGUACGCAGACACAUAAUACAUAUGUUGGUAACUUUGUCAAUAAUCAAAAUAUUAUUCGAUUGUUUAAAAUAUAUAAAGCACUUCUUAAAAAAAAGAACUACAUUUCGUCCACGUUGUGACUUCCGCUUUUGAUAGAGUUAUGUAAGAUUGAUACAAUUUGUUUGUCGUUACCUAUAUGUCAAUUUCAUUUCAUUAAAAAAAAUAGACAAUAAGCUUCUACAUUAUUAUAAUCUUUUCUGUAAUAUUAUUUGGUUUGUUUAACGACAAUUAUUAUAUAUCAAUAUGCACUAGUGUUGCUACCUUAAAAAUAUAUAAUAACUCUCGUAUAUAUUCAAAAUAAGAAUAGAUCUCACACGAAUUUCUCUUAUGUAUGAAAUAUUAGUUAUUUUCGUUUUUAUUCACCUUAUAUUUUAUACUCAAACUGACACAGAUUAUCAUUACUCUUAAGAUAUAAGUAUCAGACUGUAGUAGUAGCACGUUAUGGAGCAGAUUGUACUCUCUGCUUGAUAUGUCGUCGCAUUGUAAAUAUAAAAUUAAAUGUUGUACGCUUGUAAUAUUUAAUUGUAUAGUAUUUUUAAUGGAUGUGCAAUUCAAUUUAAAUUGUGUUUAUGGAGGUUGAUUGUUAUAAAUUAUAUAAAAAUAUCCCUUCUAUGCAUGCUUUAUUUGACUACUACGCACUAUUGUUUCGGUGGAUUAAAGUUUUAAAAACAACAAAUCACAAUCCAUUUUGUUUUUUAAUCAACCAAUAACAAGUAGACAGGCUUCUGAUGACAUUUACUACUUUAUAUAAAUAUAUUUAUUUCAAAUCUUUAAUUACAAUAUAUAAAUUUUAAAAGGAGCUACUCAUCUAUUGCUGAUGAAGAUUAUAUAUUAUAUUACAUUACGCUAUGACCUACGGGGGCGGAGUAGUAACGAUAUAUAGAACAGCUAAUAUAAAUCAGUCGCCAUGAACACAACUAUUUUUCAAGGAUUGCACUUAUAUUUAUGUUUAUUAAUAUUAGGAUGUUAUUAUUUGAUGUUAAAAAUUAAAAACUCUAAAUAAAUUUAGACGAUGACAAUAUUUAAAUUACUUCAAACCAGUGUAUGCUUUUGCCGCUUUUGAUACAAUUCCUACUAUUUAUACCUGAUAUAUCGUGUGUUGAAUACUAUAUCUUGUAAUGUUUACGGAUCGAUAACGGUUAAAUAUUUACACUUCAUGAAUGAUUUUGAAUUCGACACCUAUUAAAAUUUCCGUCAAUUUUAUAAAGUAUUAAUUACAAAGUCUAAUUCAAUUAUAGGUAGCGUAUACAGGAAGACUGAAUUUCUUCAAUUUUUGCGUUUUACUAUUACAUAUGUAGGUAUUAUCAUUUUUUAUGAAUGCCGAGAUGGCCCAGUGGUAAGAACGCGUGAAUCUUAACCGAUGAUCAUGGGUUCAAACCCGGGCAAGCACCACUGAAUUUUCAUGUGCUUAAUUUGUGAUUAUAAUUCAUCUCGUGCUUUACGGUGAAGGAAAACAUCGUGAGGAAACCUGCAUGUGUCUAAUUUCACUGAAGUUCUGCCACAUGUGAAUUCUACCAACCCGCAUUGGAGCAGCGUGGUGGAAUAAGCUCCAAACCUUCUCCUCAAAAAGAGGAGAGGAGGCCUUUAGCCCAGCAGUGGGACUUUCACAGGCUGUUACGGUUACGGUAUGAAUGAUAUAUAUAAUAUAUAGAAAUUUAUUAAACGAUUUUCUGUUGUUAAGCUUGAAAAGCGCGUAUGUCCCUGCCAAGUCCCAUAGGGGCGGUAUUACCAUUAGAAACACGAAUUAAACACUGUUAUUCCCAUAUCGUACUUCCUUUGAGCAGUUUCAAUUACAGAAACGUCUUAUGUCAAUGUAUAUAUGUCAAUGGUUAUCUCGCUCUUAAUGUAAACAAAUUGUUAAUUACCUAACAUACACUGAUUCUGCUGAUAUUAAAGGUGGUUUAUAAAAUAA